AGAUUGAAUUUUCUAAUGGAAGAGCAAGUUUACUUUAUAGAGAACGUUUUGUUUUUAUUGUGUUUCGCUGAUUAAUUGAUUGUGAUUGUCUUUUUUUCCGUUGAUUUGAUUGUUGUCCAAUAUUCGUCGAUAUGGAAGUUGAUGCUACACCGGUCACCCCAUCGGCUCUUCAACAGUUUAUUAUCCUUUCAAAAACGAGUAAAGGUUUGGCGGCUGUUGAAUUGAUUAAAGAGGUUCUUAAUCAUCCACAAAUCUAUGUUUUUGGUGAGAUAUUGAGACAACCCAAUAUAAAAGAACUAUCUAAAUCGGAAGAAUAUUCUAAAUAUUAUGAUUUAUUGGAACUGUUUGCUUAUGGUAAUUACAAUGAUUACAAUCAACUCAAAUAUCCACAGUUAACUGGUCAAAUGGUCACUAAAUUGCGACAUUUAACUAUUAUUAAUUUGGCCAGUAAAAAUAAGACCUUAAGCUAUGAAAAAUUGAAUGAACAACUUGGAAUUGUUAAUUUAAGAGAAUUGGAAAAUCUUAUCAUUGAUGUCAUCUAUUCAAAUAUAAUCAAAGGUAAAAUGGAUCAAGAAAAUGGAUGGUUAGAGAUAAGUUCAACAAUUUCUCGGGACAUUAAGGAGGAACAAUUAGAGACCAUAAUUGAUGUUUUAUCCAAUUGGACUUCUAAUUGUGAUAAUGUCAUCUCAGACAUUGAAAGUCAAAUAAUUAAAGCAAAUUCAACCAAAAGUGCUCAUUCAAAAGAGAAACAAGAAUUGGAGUCUCAAAUAUCAUCAAUUGAAUUACAUUUGAAAACCUCAGGUCAAGAUAUUGAAUUUUCCCAGGACAAUAAUGAUAUGACCUUAUUCAUGAACCAAGGAUCUAAUAUUGGUAAAAGUAAACGAACUCCUCGUCGAUCAGAAAAAAACCGACCUGGGCCGUCAAGAGAUUCAAGAUCAUUCGAUUAGAAAUGUAUUUAUAAAAUCCAAAUAUUCCCAAUUUUCUAAUAAUCAUCAAAUUAUCAUUCAAAUGAAAACAAAAAAAUUAUUCCUUUGUAACAAACAACCUUAAUAUUGAUCUGUAUAUCUAAAUUGUGGUACUUUAAUUGUGUUAUUUAAUCAACAUUAACAGUUUUUUUCCAAA